AUGCGCUGUACAUUCCGCCUUCUGGCCUCCGUAAAGCCAGCCCGGUAUCUCGAAGCCGGCACACCCACGGGCCUCACAGGCCUCUUCACUCACCCCUCACCACGCUCAACGCUCGUCUACCUGUACUCGCGAACACUUGAUGCCCUAUCCGAAUUCCCCGAAACAUCCCUAUACCGUCAAUCGACCGAGGCGCUGACCAAACACCGUCUUAACAUUGUCUCGGCGGUAGUGCCAGAAGGCUACAAGGAAUGGUCUGCGAUAGCCAAGCAGAUUAUUAGUGAGAAUCCAGAGGCGUUUGCGCGCCAGGAAAACGUGCAGGGGAUGGAUGUUAGUCUUCAAGGGAAGAUGACACAAGAGACAUCGGAUGGGAAGGUGUUUAUCAAGAGGCGUUUCGUGCCGGAGUAUGAUGAGCGGACCGUGGAGUGGGAUGGGGAGAAGCCUUUGAAGGGGGGUGUGGAGAUUGGAACGACGGUUGGGUUUGAGGAUGGGACAAAGAAGUUAGAAUUGCCAGAAGAGCCGCUGUUGACUGUUGCGCAAGUCGAAGAAAUCGAGAACAAGAUCGGUGCUGGACUCAUUGAAGAGGUCAUCCAGGUUGCGGAGGGGGAAUUGAAGCUUCUAGAUGUGUUGAAGAGAUCAGAAGUCUGGCAGGACUUAGAAGAGAAGCCGGUUGAGGGACAAUGGUCAUAUUUCACGCGUGAUACAGCUUCACCUACGACAUGA